CAAUAAUCUAAACGUACAACCAAAAAUGGUUGUUGGAUUCACGUACCUUAACAACAUUGAGCCUUUCAAUAUAAGUUGGCACAUCCAUAUCAAGAUUCUCAUGGAAGCAAUAUACAAAGCAUACUGAAAAUGAAUCCGUACAACGAAAUGAUUCUUCGAAAGGCCUUCUCUGAUAUUUCUUUGGAGAUAAAACGAAAUAUAAGCGAUAAAGACGAGCAGGAACAAGACGGAGAGCUAGAAGUGAAGCAAGUGAAAUGUGAUUGUUGUGGUAUAGAAGAAGAAUGUACUAUGCAAUACAUAGACAAAGUUAAAGACUUGUAUUCAGGCAAUUGGGUUUGUGGUCUUUGUGCCGUAGUGGUCACUGAGAGAUUUCGGAAAGAGCCUCCUACAGCCACUGGGAUACAAGAAGCCUUUGACUGGCACAAAGGAAUUUGUGAUGCCUUCAAUUCUACUACAAGAGUGAACCCUAAACUCAAUUUCGCACGAUCAAUGAGAGAGAUCGCUAAACGAAGCAGUCAGAACAGGAUGUCCGACUUUUCGUUAGGUUCCAAAAUUGUUCGAACAAUCAGUUGUGAUCCAAGGCUCGAGAAUUGAGCAAUGAUAUAGAGCCUGAGAAAAGAAAAAAAAUUAUGUAGA